CACGCGAUUGGGUACUGCAGACAGGAAGAGUCUCGACAGCCCCGUGAAAGGGAGCCCUGCCCUUUGCCCCCAGCAGCGAAUAUGGCCAGGCUCCUGGGGCUCCCCCAGCUCCCCUUACUCCUGGUGCUUGCCUGCAACCUGGCUGCCCAAGAGGUGCGGCAGUCCCCCCGCUACACGGUCGCGGUGGAGGGGGGCUCCAUCAACAUCACCUGCGCCACCCCUGGGCCCCUGCUCGGCAUCUACCUGAAGCAAAGGUGGCCCGAGCCCAGCAAUGUGAUUUACUACGAAGACAAGAGGGAGCCCACUGUGGACAAGCGGUUCCGGGGCCGCAUCACCUUCUCGGGGCUGCAGCACAACCUAACGAUCAGCGUGCACCGUCUGCAGCUGGCGGACUCCGGCGCCUACGCCUGCCAGGCCAUCAUGGGCGACGAGGUCUGGGGCCCUGGCACCUUGGUCGUGGUGACAGGUCCAGAGACUCUGCUGCGCAAAGGACAAGAGCCCGGUGUGCGUGGUGUACGAGGACAUGUCCCGCAGCCGCUGCAACACCGCGUCCACCUCCAACCAAUACCAGUGAGCCUGCAGGGCCCUAGCCUCCCUCCGCCUGACCCAGCACGGACACACAGGCAGUCCACAGCAGUCGGGCUCCCGGUGCCUCCUCCAGGAAGCCCUUCCUCCUGCCUCCCACCCUUGAGGCUGCUCUGGACAACUGGAGCCAGCAGGAGGGAAGCCUCUCUGUCCCGCUGCUGCCCUGACCCUCCAGCAGUGGGAGAACCUGCCUGUAGGGCAGACUUGGGCCUGGGGCAGCAAGCAGCUGGCAGAGGGUGGGGGUGGAGGGUAGGGCCGUGGGGGGGUUGGGGGGGUCAGCGCUCAGCCCCUAGCCCUGGCUUGCUGGACAUAAAAGGCUUCUCUUCUCCCCUUUCCAACUCCAGUGUCUAUUUCUCAGCCAGCUCAGAGCUGAGGAGGGGAGGCUUGCGUGACAACCUCUCAAGUGUCCUCUAGGACUAUGGCAGCCUA